AUGUCGACCAUCGUGCGACCGAGUGGUACCCACGCUCUUACACCAUCCCACCGUUCAACCAAUGAUCCACCCUUAAAGCGCAAGAAAGAGCGCCAAACAGAUACAUGGUCCAGCCUCCUCCGCCAGACACGCGAAGCGCAAGCUCGCAACCGAACGCAAGCAGUUCAACAUCGCGAGCUCAUCCUAUGUGGCGGCUCACCUGAUGACCAGAGAACCUUCAUACAAAGUCUCGCUCGACCACCGCCGCCUGCACCGCCGUCAAGAAACCGAGACACGAGACCGCAGAAAGCAAAAGGUCAGCUCACGCUGAGCAAUCGCUUCGCGUAUGGCUAUGGACAUGUGACUCUGUACUCACCGCCCCAUCAGAACACAGGUAUGCUGGGCGGCGAGGCGGAGGAGGCGGCGCAUUUGGAAGUGCACACCUUGCCGGAGCCGGACAUGGCGUACGAGCCGACGCUGAGGCGAUUACUGAAGCCAAAGCAGAAGAAGAGCGAAGCUGAGCCGGACGACGAUGCUGGUUUUGCGGGAGGUAAUGAGACAUAUCAUGAACGUGGAAGAAGACCGGCGGUUAGCAUUCUGCUGUCAUGGAAGGAACCCUGGCGUUUCCUCGGACUUCUACGCAGAUGGCUGCAGCUACUCGCAGCAGCUCUAUUACCCCCGAACUCGCCGCUGGACAGGCCACUGGAAGUGCUCAAAGAGCACGCACUAGCUUUCACGGUCAUCGUCCAGUACGUAGAAGCGCAGGAAGGUUUGGAAAGGGAAGGCUACAAGGAAGACACCUUCGACUAUGUUGCACAGUGUCUACGCACUUGUAUGCUACCACUCUCGGCUGCCUUGGUAUACACGAGUAGUCUAAUGCCUCCCCAGCCGCCUGGAUCAGCGCUUUCCGAAAUUCAGAAAGUACUCUUCACGAGCCUGAAUCUGGACCUUGGCCCGCUAUCACCUGCUCCGCCAAAAGGUAUUGCUCCCGCCAAGCGACUGGAUCUGGCACUUAAACACAACGUGGUGGAUCGAAUGGCCAUCGUAGUACCGAGCGGCUGGGACAGUGCAGGCAAGAUUCGCCUUCUGUCCGAGAACUUCUCGCCUGAGUCUGUGCUCGAGGCCUGGGAUCAAGAUCUGCAACACGCCCAACAGCAGCGAGUCGACCACUCGAAGCCACAGCCAGCGGCACAGCCGGAGCCAGAGGACGAACACCACACCAAUGGCGGCGCGGAAGAGCACGUUUCAGCAGUGCCACAGGCGGAGUCAGAGCAAGAAGUCUACGCCACCUCAGACGCAGGCGAAGAGGAUCCAGAGCUGGCAGCACGGCCCUUGUCACCAUCCAAGCAAUCGCUCUCCGCCAUUGCUGCUUACGAAGCAGCAAUCCUGGAUCCCAACGCGCAUAAAGCGCCCAAGCCACCGCGGAUCGAGGUCACCACGAAACCCGACCAACAGUUUCUGACCGAAAUGCGCGCACACCUCCAAGCACUGGAAGCGGAAGAUGCCAAGCGCGCGACAGCCUCGACUUCCACCGCUGCCGGCGCGCUACAUUCGACGAGCCGCAUGAUCGGACUCCCCACCGGCGAACAGACCGGCGCUCUCAACGAACUGGUCGGAGACGUAUCGUUCAAUGUAGGUGGUGUGAGCUAUAACACCGUCUCCGCCGAGGCGGUGAUAGAGAGAUUAAAGAGGCCGCCUCCGCCCUCGGGCUUCAGUUCGCCUGCUGCAUCACGCAAUGUAACACCGCGGCCGCCGAGAAGGGAGGACAAGGAGGCAAGUGCGACGCCUGCUAGAAGUGGCAGCGGUGGCAGCGAUGUGCCAAUCGAUCAACUGGCGGAAUACUUCGCAAGUUUGGCGCGGAAAGGCGGGGAGGGAGGCGGUAGUCGGCAGGCUACGCCCAGCAAACCACCAACAGCACGCUAA